GUACAACGAACUUUGAGCCUUGUACCUGGUAUGGACUUGUUGUCCGGGACGUAUAUAUUUGCGGUCCUGUUAGCAUGCGUCGUGUUUCAGUCUGGCGCCCAGGAGAAAAACUAUUCCAUUCGAGAAGAAAUGCCAGAAAACGUCCUGAUAGGCGACUUGUUGAAAGACCUCAACCUGUCCUUAAUUCGACACAAGUCCUUAAAAAUUCCCAUGAAGUUCAAGCUAGUGUACAAGACUGGGGAAGUGCCACUGAUCCGAAUCGAAGAAGGUACUGGUGAGAUCUUCACUACUGGAGCCCGCAUUGAUCGUGAGAAAUUAUGUACUGGUAUCUUGCUGGAUGGCCGUUGCUUUUAUGAAGUGGAAGUUGCCGUUUUGCCAGAUGAAAUAUUUAGACUGGUUAAGAUACGUUUUCUGAUAGAAGAUAUAAAUGAUAAUGCACCAUUAUUCCCAGCAACUGUUAUCAACAUAUCAAUUCCAGAGAACUCAGCUAUAAACUCUCGAUUUGCUCUCCCAGCGGCCAUUGAUCCUGACAUAGGAAUAAACGGAGUGCAAAACUACCAACUCAUUAAGGGUCAAAAUGUUUUUGGGCUCGAUGUCAUUGAAACGCCAGAAGGAGACAAGAUGCCACAACUGAUUGUUCAGAAGGAGUUAGAUAGGGAAGAGAAGGAUACAUAUGUAAUGAAAGUAAAGGUUGAAGAUGGUGGCUUUCCUCAAAAAUCCAGUACUGCCAUUUUGCAAAUAAGUAUUGCUGAUAUAAAUGAUAACCAUCCAGUUUUCACGGAGAGUGAAAUUGAAGUCAGUAUACCAGAAAAUGCUCCUGUAGGUACUUCAGUGACACAGCUCCAUGCCACAGAUGCCGACAUAGGUGAAAAUGCCAAAAUUCACUUCUAUUUCAGCAAUCUAGUUUCCAACAUAGCCAAGAGGCUAUUUCACCUCAACUCCUCCACCGGACUUAUCACAAUCAAAGAACCACUGGAUAGGGAAGAAUCACCAAACCACAAGUUACUGGUUUUGGCAAGUGAUGGUGGGUUGAUGCCAGCAAGAGCAAUGGUGCUAGUAAAUGUUACAGAUAUCAAUGAUAAUGUCCCAUCAAUCGAUAUAAGAUACAUCAUCAAUCCAAUCAAUGGCACUGUGGUUCUUUCAGAAAAUGCUUCACUCAACACCAAAAUUGCUCUCAUAACUGUGACAGAUAAAGAUGCUGACCAUAAUGGUAGGGUGACAUGCUUCACAGAUCAUGAUGUCCCUUUCCGAUUAAGGCCAGUAUUUAAUAAUCAGUUCCUCCUGGAGACGGCUGCAUUUCUUGACUAUGAGUCCACCAAAGAAUAUGCCAUUAAAUUACUGGCCGCAGAUGCUGGCAAACCUCCAUUGAAUCAGUCAUCCAUGCUCCUUAUCAAAAUAAAAGAUGAAAAUGACAAUGCUCCCGUUUUUACCCAGUCUUUCAUAAGUACUUCUGUUCCUGAGAAUAACUCUCCUGGCUCCCAGUUGACAAAAAUAAGUGCGACGGAUGCAGACACUGGACGUAAUGCUGAAAUCACUUAUCUGUUAGGCGAUGAUGCUCCAUCUGAAUUCAACCUGGAUCAGCGUACAGGCAUUCUGACUGCAAUGAAGAAACUGGAUAGAGAAAAACAGGAAAAGUAUUUCUUUACAGUUCUGGCAAAAGAUAACGGGAUUCCACCCUUAAUAACUAAUGUCACAGUCUUAGUGACAGUUCUUGAUCAAAAUGACAACAGUCCAAUUUUCACACACAAUGAAUACAAUUUCUAUGUCCCAGAAAACCUUUCUAGACAUGGCACAGUAGGACUAAUCACUGUAACUGAUCCUGAUUAUGGAGAAAAUUCUGCAGUUACUCUCUCCAUUUUAGAUGUGAAUGAUGACUUCACCAUUGAUUCACAGACUGGUGUCAUUCGACCAAAUAUUUCAUUUGACAGAGAAAAACAAGAGUCGUAUACUUUCUAUGUACAGGCUGAGGACGGUGGUAGGGUAUCACGUUCUUCAACUGCCAAAGUGACCAUAAAUGUGGUUGAUGUCAAUGACAACAAGCCAGUUUUUCUUGUCCCUUCUUCCAACUACUCCUAUGAAUUGGUUCUACCAUCCACUGAUCCGGGCACAGUGGUCUUCACAGUAGUUGCUAUUGACAAUGACACUGGCAUGAAUGCAGAGCUUCAGUACAGCAUUGUAGGAGGAAACACAAGAGGUCUGUUUAUAAUCAACCAAACAACAGGCAACAUUACAAUGAAGGAGAAAUGUGUUUUAGCAGACCUUGGUUUACACAGACUGGUAGUCCAAGCUAACGACUUAGGGCAACCUGAUUCUCUCUUCAGUGUUGUAAGAGUUAAUCUAUUUGUGAAUGAGUCAGUAACUAAUGCUACACUGAUUCAUGAAUUGGUGCACAGAAACACUGAAACAUCAGUAACCCAAAAUAUUGAGACAACGGAUGCAUCCUCCCCAACCACUGACUAUGUCAAGAUCAUGGUUGCCAUUGUUGCUGGCACCAUAACUGUCAUCCUUGUUAUUUUCAUCACUGCUGUCAUAAGAUGCUGCCAAUCACCACACCUUAAAGCUGCUCAGAAAAACAAGCAGAAUUCUGAAUGGGUUACUCCAAACCCAGAAAAUCGGCAGAUGAUAAUGAUGAAGAAAAAGAAGAAGAAGAAGAAGAAGAAGCAUGCCCCUAAGAACUUGCUGCUUAACUUUGUCACUAUUGAGGAAACUAAGGCAGAUGAUGCUGACAAUGAUGGAAAGAGCAUCACACUAGACCUUCCCAUUGAGUUGGAAGAGCAAACCAUGUGCAAGUACAACUGGGGCACUACACCUACUACUUUCAAGCCUGACAGCCCUGAUUUGGCCAGGCACUACAAAUCUGCAUCCCCACAGCCUGCUUUCCAGAUCCAACCAGAAACUCCCCUGAAUUCAAAGCACCACAUCAUCCAGGAACUGCCUCUUGAUAAUACCUUUGUGGCCUGUGAUUCCAUCUCCAAAUGUUCCUCCAGCAGUUCUGAUCCCUACAGUGUUUCUGAGUACAGCUAUCCAGUGACAACUUUCAAGACCCCUGUGUCUGUACACACCAGAUUGCCAAUGAAGGAGGUUGUAAGAUCUCACACCCCCAUGAAGGAGACGACAGUGGAGGUCUGGGUGCAUCCUCAACCACAGCGGAAAUCCGAGGGGAAAAAGGCAGGAAAGUCCCAGCGGCGUGUCACAUUUCACCUACCAGAAGGCUCUCAGGAAAGCAGCAGUGAUGGCAGACUGGGAGACCAUGAUGCAGGCAAUCUUCCCAGCGCAUCCUAUGCUCUGCCCCUUGGUUAUCUUCAGGAGGAGUACUUUGAUCAUUCUGCACCCAACAACCGCACUGAAGGGGAUGGCAACUCUGAUCCUGAAUCCACUGCAGAAAUAACUGUUCAACCAACUGUGGAAGAGGCCUCUGACAACUGCACUCAAGAAUGUCUCAUCUUGGGUCAUUCUGAUGCCUGCUGGAUGCCAGCUUCUCUGACCCACGCCAGCCCUUCACACGCACAGACCUCUACUCUAUGCCACAGCCCACCCCUGACACCAGCCUCUGCUCGCCGCCACAGCCCUCCAGUGACACAGACCAUUGCUAUUUGCCAUAGCCCUCCAGUGACCCAGGUUAUGGCACUGUGCCAUAGCCCUCCACCAACACAGGUCUCUGCUCUCCAACACAGUCCUCCUCUAGCACAGGCUACUGCUCUUCCCCAUAGCCCUCCACCAGCACAGGUUGCUGUAAUCCACCACAGCCCUCCUCUGCCACAGGCUGCUGCCCACCAUCAGAGUCCUGCGCGGCCACCAAUGGGUUUGCAGCAAGGUUGGGGGCAAGAGGCUGGACCUGAAGGACUACUGUCUCUUGAUCACGGAGUGCAAGUUAGUACAAGAUCUCAGUUUUAUACCAUGUCUGAAAGAAUUCAUCUUAGUGAUGAUUCAGUUAAAGUCAUUUCUUUGAAAACCUUCACUCCAGGCCAAAAGGCUAGAGCCUCUAGGGAUGAUUCUCCCAUUAUGGAAGAACAUCCCUUGUAAAGCUACAAUGGC